AUGGAGUCUCUUGUUGGAUAUCUCCUGAUAUUUCCUCGACUAAAACAUGCAACUGCAGCUCCUAAGCAGUGUGAGCUGAGGAAUCUGAGGAAGUGCCAGGGAAAUGGAAAGCUGCAGAAUGAAGAGGAGCCAGGCGAGACUGCACCAGUGGUGAAUGAUGCCCCUCCGCCUUACAGCAGCAUUUCUGCGGAGAAUACAGCUUAUUUUGACUACAAGGAUGAGUCAGGAUUUCCUAAGCCUCCAUCUUACAACGUGGCCACAACACUGCCUAGUUAUGAUGAGGCAGAGAGAACCAAGGCUGAAGCCACAAUUCCCUUGGUUCCUGGAAGAGAUGACGACUUUGUGACACGGGAUGACUUUGACGACACCGACCAGCUGAGGAUAGGAAAUGAUGGCAUUUUCAUGCUCACUUUUUUCAUGGCAUUCCUCUUCAACUGGAUUGGAUUUUUCCUGUCUUUCUGUCUGACUACUUCAGCUGCAGGACGAUAUGGAGCCAUUUCUGGGUUUGGUCUGUCUCUUAUUAAGUGGAUCCUUAUUGUCAGGUUCUCCACCUAUUUUCCUGGUUACUUCGAUGGCCAGUAUUGGCUUUGGUGGGUCUUCCUUGUACUAGGUUUUCUGCUGUUUCUCAGAGGAUUUAUUAAUUAUGCAAAGGUUAGGAAGAUGCCAGAUACUUUUUCCACUCUCCCCAGAACCAGAGUUCUCUUUAUUUACUAAAGAUGUUUUCUGGCAAAUGUCUUCCUGCAUUAGUGAAUUCUCCCUCAAGAACAAACAGGGCACCUGCAGGAAGUGAAUCAAGACUCUGGAGCAGAAGAAAAAAUAAUCACCUGCUUUAAAAUAAAUAAAAGUACUGUUGGAAAAA